UUUCGGACCCCCACCCUACAAUCGGUCUCCGUCGCAGAAGCUUCGUCAGAAAAUCCAGGGACGACAUAUCGCGCGAAACUCGAUAAAAUUGAUCCUCAGGAACAGGGCCUGGGGAGUUUGCGUUGCUCCCAUUGUUCAAAAGGGGGCUUGAAUUCAAUUUUCCACGGAGAUUUUUAGGCGAAAUUCUGGGUUUUCUUCUUCCAGACCUGAUUGAACUUAUUCGAUUAGCUUUUGUGGGUUGGUCUGGAAUGGGGCAACAACAAUCGAAAGAUGAACUGCUCUACCAGCAAGUAAGCUAUGGAAAUUCAGAAGGGAUUAAAGCCCUUUGCCGAGAGGGUGCAGGCCUUGAGUGGAUUGAUAAGGAGGCGAAAACCCCUUUAAUUGUGGCUUGCAUGAGUCCUGAGCUUCACAAUGUUGCGAGAACUUUGAUAGAACUUGGUGCUAAUGUUAAUGCCUAUCGGCCUGGACGUCAUGCUGGUACCCCUUUACAUCAUGCAGCUAAAAGAGGUCUUGAAAAUAAUGUCAAAUUACUUCUUUCUCAUGGAGCAAAUCCAUUGAUCAUGAAUGAUGAUUGCCAGAGUCCUCUUGAUGUUGCUAGAGCAAAAGGUCACAGCAAUGUUGUUCGUACGAUCGAGAGUCAUAUUUGUUUGUUCUCGGGUUGGUUGCGGGAGUUCCAUGGACCAGGAUUUUUGGAAGUACUGGCUCCUCAAUUGGUCUCAAGGAGAGUGUAUGUACUUUAUUACCAUAAUUCUGAAUUUAAGUUUCUUCUAUUCGUAGUUCUAUGUCAAUCAAAU